UAACAACUUACAUCUCCCACAGCGCCGCCAGCCGUUUCGCUUUUCUUUGCUUUCGCCAGCAUAGCAUCUGAAGCGCCGUAUUCACCGGAUAACCGUUAAUCAUUCAAAAUGGUCGUCGAUACGGCCUACUACGACACCCUCGGCGUCUCGCCGCAGGCUACCGAGCUGGAGAUUAAGAAGGCCUACCGCAAGAUGGCCAUUGUCCACCAUCCAGAUAAGAACCCAAACGAUCCGACAGCACACGAAAAGUUCCAGGCCAUCGGUGAAGCCUACCAGGUUCUCUCCGACGGGGAGCUGCGAAAGGCCUACGACAAGUAUGGAAAGGACCACGCAAAGCCGCAAGAGGGCUUCGUCGACCCGGCCGAGUUCUUCUCUGCCAUCUUUGGCGGCGAGGCUUUUGUCGACUGGAUCGGUGAGAUUAGCCUGAUGAAAGAUCUGGCUGCCACAAUGGACAUCGCCAUGGAGGGAGAGGAGGGAGAGGCUCCGCCGCAAGAGGAAGAGGAGUUUCCGGGAACAGCUGAGGCCAUGAAGGAGAGCUUAAAGGAGAAGGAGAACCGAGAGUCCUACACAGGUUCUGCGUCUGCGCCGCCGCCCCCCACGGUGGUCGUGGAUGAGGAAAAGACAAAGACACCAUCUGCCACCUCGACACCGCCGCCCCGAUCUGAAGCCACGUCUCCGACCCCCUCAUUUGGUUCUCGAAAUCGCAUCCCCAUCCGAGCAGCUCUUACGGACAAGGCUCACGAGGAUAUGGAGAAUGAAGUAGAGGCAGCCGACGAGGACCCCAAAGGCAAGGGACGCAAGAAGGGUGGAAUGAGCAAGGAGCAGCGAGAAAAGCUGCUUGCUUAUGAGAAAGAGCGCGCGCGCAUUCGCCAGGAGCGCGUUGAGGCUCUCACACGGAAGCUGCUGGACAGGGUCAGCGUGUGGACCGAGACGGACAAGGGCCCCGACGUAACCAGAGCCUUCCAGGAGAAAAUGCGGCUCGAGGUGGAGAAUCUCAAGAUGGAAUCAUUCGGUAUCGACAUCCUUCACGCCAUUGGCCAGACUUACAUGUCUAAGGCCUCGACCCUUUUGCGCAGCCAGAAGUUCCUCGGCAUCGGUGGCUUCUUCAGCAAGCUGCGUGACAAGGGCACACUGGUCAAGGACACUUGGAACACCAUCAGCAGCGCCAUCGAUGCGCAGCAGACGGUGGAGGACAUGGCCAAGAUGGAAGAGAGGGGGGGCGAAGACUGGACAGAGGAGAAGCGUGUUGAAUACGAGCGCCGUGUGACGGGCAAGAUCCUCACGGCUGCGUGGAGAGGUAGCAGGUUUGAGAUCCAGGGCGUGCUGCGCGAGGUGUGUGAUACCGUCUUGAACGACAAGAAGGUUCAUUUGUCAAAGCGACUGGAGCGAGCGCAGGCGCUCGUCCUGAUCGGCGAGAUUUUCCUCAAGGCCGAGCGUUCUCCCGAAGAAGAGGGCGACUACCUGCUCUUUGAGCAGCUCGUUGCCGAAGCAGCCAUCAAGAAGGACAAGCACGACGACCACAAGCACAAGAAGGACAAGAAGUCCAAGACCGCGGAAGAGAUUGCCCAGGAUGCGCCUAACGUGCCUAAACCGGAGUCUGCGGCGUAAGAUGUACAAUUUGGGGGACCGGGGGCGUUUAAUGGUUGUGGGGGGAAAGGGAGGGGAAGAUGUCGAGGAGGAAAAUGGAUUGAAAAAUUGAGAAUUUGUUUGUUUAGAGAGAUAAUGUCAAGAUUGCCGGAUAGAGAGCGAUCGGCAUAUUUAUUAUAUAUAGAGUAUUAUACAACCCACUUCUUUGCUUGG